CGUGACAAACAGUCUCGGCUUGACAUAGGUUAAAAGUUCGUUGUCUUGGUAACGUAUAAUAAGUAAGCAAUGGACAUAAGGUGUUGCGCGACUCUUCAUCAAGAUUCAACAGUUAUAAGCUGCUGGAUAGAAAUUAUCUUUGCUUAAAUAUUGUUUAAGCCAGUAUGAUUUAAAAAUUGUAAAGAAAAAAGUUUGAGUAAACACCGAUAAGAGAUAAGAAAUACUACCAUUAGUUGCUUUUGCAGGUUAUGACCUGGUUAGGUGCGUUUUUCGGCUUUUUACUGUUUUAUUCUGAUUUGGUUCUGUGCGAGGACUUCUCAGGAGCCGCAAUUGAUAUUUAUGACUCAAAAAGGGAUAUGACACAAAGCACUAGUCAACCGAUCAUACAGCUUAACAAUGUAACUGUAUCGCUUACAAAUACCAAUGAAUCAGACACAACGGCUAACCUAUAUGAAACACAGACUGCACAUAAACAGCCCAGCGUUUGGCAAACAACAGAUUCGGGCCAGAGAAAACAAACGAGUUUAAAUACUCAGACUACGCCCGAAAAGAGUACCAUCACCACCUUACAAAGUCGCUUAACAAGCAAGCGCGUAAGCCAAACAAUAUUUUAUCGUCUGUUUGAAGCACUUACAACUGAAAGACAAAGGACAAUGUUGAAAUCAACUCAACGAACAACCCAAGUUGAAAUUAGUAGCGAGGCAACAACAAUUGGUUUUAAAAGUUCGAUCCAAAAGAAAACAUCGAUAACCUCUCUUGGCACAGAAUUUCCACUAGAAAGUAGCACCAAAGAGAGAGAAAAAGCCUCUUCAAGGCAGACAAACAGAAUAACUACUGCUACUCAAUCGACUAUUAAAGAGGUUCGGACGACGGUUCCUGCUGUGAAUCCAGAUCAUUCAAGAACAACAUCUGAAUCAGAAUUGCUAUCAAAUGGAGCUUUAAUAGCAAUAGUGGCUGGCUCCAUAAUUAUAUUCGUGCUUUUAAUGACUGUGUGCAUUUUAUUAUGUAAGUGUAGGAGUCGGAACAAGAAAAUGCACUGCGAAAGAGAGGAAAGAAAAAUGUUCAUAACACCCACCGAUCUAGGAGAGCACUCUCUCUUUAUGGAGACAGCAAGGGCUAGUGUCAUAAAAACUGACUUUGAAAAAAUAACAUCUGACUACGAGUUGCCAAACGAAGAAAUUGACGAAAAAACACCUAUUAAUCAAAAUGAAGACGAUCAAGAAAUUGACUUAAGAGAAUCCUCGAAGUUUGUCUUAGAAGUCUUUCAUGAUCUCAAUCUUGAUAACGAUAUACCUCAAUUCAAUUACGAAUGCAACACGUUUACAAGGAGAAAACCUGAAGAAAUUCAACAACCAAAAAUUCGUAAAACGACAGAAAACUUUAUUACUACUCAUUUAUGACAAAAAUGUUAGUCGAAUGAGAUUCCAAAAACGGAUUUUUUUCCAUUAUUGUUAAGCAUCUGCAUACUAUUUUGAAGCUGGUUUUUCGUAUCUAACUUGUUACACUAACUUAUGUUAUUCGUUCCAAUGCCCCAAAAGUAAAAAGAUACUUUUACUCCAUAAAUCAAAUGUAGUCAAUCGCACACAAUAGGCGGUUGUAGAGAACGAAAAGUGCCGUUUCGUACUUACCGUCUAAACUAAAUUCCAAAGAUACAAGAAAAUAAAGUGGCCCACUUUAUAUCACUACCUUUAUUUUAUCAUAGAGGCUGAACAUAUUUUUGUUCAAGAGAUACUUUUAUGAGAGAAAAUUGAAAUACUUCCCGUCACAAUAGUAGCUCUCCUAUUAUCAUGCUAAUUUGUAGGGAAAUAGGCGAGAUAUUUAAUUUUACUACUAUUACUAUAUCCUGAGGAAGAAGAGAUAAAGAAAAAUCGAAAAUAAAUUGGUUCCAGCACGAAUCUUUCACUAUUUAUCUCUAUGUAUCUUUCCAAGUGAUCAAGAAAAGAAACUUCUCUCUCGUAUUAAAGUAUGCAGAUUCAAAAAGAUGAAAAUUUAUAUAUGCAUUUGAGAUAUUUUUUUUGCAUGACUUCUGCCAAAAUCUACUCCAUAAACCAUAUUUUGAAUUCCUCCAUGUAAUCCACUUGAAUCUAUCUGAGAUUCUUUAUUACCAACUUUUUUCUUUUUCUUGAAUAGUUUACAUUUAGCGCACCAUUUGAUAAAAACCACACAGGCAUGAACUAAUAUAACAAUAAGAAGAAGUGACCCUAAAAUUACGGCGACAACAAUUUGAGUUUUUGAAGCUUCUUGAGAGGAUUUUUUUGAUGUUGAUAACAUGGACGUCAUCCUAAUAAUGAGAGCUACGGGAAUUGUUCAUAUUGAUUUUGCAAUUGUCGCUACUGGAGUUUUUAUUGCAUUAAGGUAAUUUAAGAUUUUAGGCUAAGUCUUAAGGGUUUAGGUAAUUGGAGGAAACAUUAUUUAUCGAAGAGGUAGAUGAAAUUUAGUUAUACUCUCUAUAAUUGUCGCCCGGCGAGUAUACUCGUGGCUAGUAGUGACAUCUGCAUUCAGUUAGAGUGUUACUCUGUCAAGGAACUUCACAGUUCACUGCCUUCUAAUCCUAGAAGAAUUGGAUUGAACAGAUGCGACAGAGCGUAACAAUUGCUGCUUUACGGUUUUUUUAUCCUUUAAGUGAUGAGAUGAUCCAAUUUCCCUUAAAUAUAGAUGGCAAAUAGAGUCAUAAGCGAAUCCUUAUUAAUACCAGAAUUUUGAGCAAAAGAUUGGUUGUUCGAAGGAACAGUAUAAAUUUUUAUAAAUAUUUAUACUCGUAUGUAUUAUGCAUGUAAUUUCUUUUCUAUAUCGCGAGAUACUUUACUAUGGAAUAAUCUCAGCUUCUAAAUUUCGAUAAAUGGCCUCCAGUGAGUAAAAAACUGCUAGAUAAAUGUGUUCCAUUUGAGAGGGAGAGAAAUAACAGCGCUAGCCGUUUAAAAGUCGAUUGGUUUACUUCGUUUACAGUGAAAGUUGUUAACUAAAUCUUACCAGGAAGCUCAGUUGAUUCAAUUCGCUUCCUACCGGAUCUUAACUAUCAUUCCAUUUAAGUGGCUGCUCACAAAUUUUCUAUGGACUGCGAAAUUCUAAAAAGAAUUCCACAUGACUAUACUAGAGAAUGCUUUGACCCGAUUGACACGUCCGUUGUCAUAGAGACGCUUUUACAAGAUUAGCCUACCAUUUCGUUCUGAGCGUAGUCGCUCUACUGGAAACCUUAUAAAAUAGAAGGACGCCCUGAGCGCCUAGCUUACUUCCUCUUUUUAAAAAUGAUAAAGGAAGCGUUAUGUAUCCAUGGGAACUCUCGGGGAAGUUGAAUGCGCAAAUUUUUCCGCAAGGUACUUACCCCUGUUUCUUUAUCCGUCAAUGUCUGAGUUAAGCCACUGUUCGUGAUUUAUUGCCUUCCAUCAUCAAUUUGUCAACAUCCUGUUGCAAGAGAAAUACAAUGAGAAAGUUAAUUCUAAUUACUCUUAUUAAAUUGAUUUUUUUCUGAAAUUAUAUUUGUUUGAUAAACAUUUGUUUGAAGAAAAAAGCGUUUGAAGCCAGUUGGAGAGUUCGUAUAUUUGCUAGAUUACAAGCUAGUUUUGUAUAAAUUGGAAAUUAAUUGUAAAUUUUUUAAAUGACUAUUAUAAAGCUGUCAAAUGUUGAAAAUGUUCUAUUAACGACUGAAC